AUGGAGGAUAUGAAAAUACAAAAAGCAUGGCCUAAUGUCAAAAUAAGAUAUGGGGCCUGGCCUCCUAGGUUGAUGAGUAAGAAAUAUAACUCACCCACAGAAUGGAUUCCACCUCAGAAGGGGUGCAUCAAAGCCAAUUUUGAUGGGGCAACUCAACCUGGAGGGGGUCUGUCAAGGGUGGGAGUGGUUUUUCGAGAUCACAAUGGAAACAUUGUAAAAUUGGGAGCUCAACAUAUCAAACAGGGCACCAACAAUGAGGCAAAAGCUUAUGCAGCUUGGCUAGCAACUAGAUGUGCUCGGAAUAUGGGGAUUAAAAAACUACAUCUAGAAGGGGACUCAUUGAUCAUAAUCCAAGCCAUAAAAAAUGGUCAAAUUAAAUCAUGGCACCUGCAAAAUUUUAUCUCACUAAUUUUAGAGGAUUUGAAUCACUUUGAAGAAGUCAUGGUUAGCCACAUCAAACAAGAGGGUAAUACAGAAGCAGACAAAUUGACUAAAUGGGCUCUAUCCUUUAAUCAGAUUGAGGAUACUUUUUUUGAAGAUUUUGACGUUUAA